CGUCAAUGUUCGAGGACGCCAUGAUAUGUCCGUAUAGGUCGAUUCCUCGAAGCAAGCAGCAGCAGCAGCAGCAGCAGCUGUACCAGCUACAAAAACACUGAGUCUGCCGGCCGGACGGCGUUAUUCGGCGAUAUGAACCCAUACAAACGUGAUGUGGCACUCUCGGUUAACUACUGGAUGGGUCACGGGGCAUUCGGGUCAUUCGGAGCCCCCUAACCCUCUCUGCAAUCGUUUAUCAAUUAUAGACACGAAGCAAGAGAGCCUCCCUUGUAAAGCGUAUCGACCUGGCAGAGUCAAAAACAUAGAGCAGGUCUGGAUCCGCUUGAGAGUGUGUCCAGAGCAGAGCUGUUGCUUGGCGUGAUGAGCAGCCCAACACCUAUUCUUGGGGAGGACAAGAAGCGAGUGUGCUACUUUUUCGAUUCGGAUAUUGGCAAUUAUCACUAUGGACCAGGCCAUCCCAUGAAACCUACCAGGAUCAGAAUGUGCCACUCGCUGGUGAUGAAUUACGGCUUGUACAAGAAGAUGGAGAUAUUUCGAGCCAAACCAGCUACGAAGCGUGAAAUGUCCCAAUUCCACACCGAUGAAUAUGUCGACUUCUUACAUCGCAUCACGCCGGAUAACGCCAAUCAAUUCGCGAAAGAGCAGGUGAAAUACAACGUCGGAGAUGAUUGUCCAAUCUUUGAUGGGUUGUUCGAGUAUUGUUCCAUCUCUGCUGGAGGAUCUAUGGAGGGCGCAGCGAGAUUGUCCAGGGAUAAAUGCGACAUUGCCAUCAACUGGGCUGGAGGUUUACACCAUGCCAAGAAGGCAGAGGCGAGCGGGUUCUGCUAUGUCAAUGACAUCGUUCUGGGAAUUCUGGAGCUAUUACGGUAUCACAAACGAGUCCUGUAUAUCGACAUUGAUGUUCAUCAUGGAGAUGGAGUGGAAGAGGCUUUCUAUCUCACCGACAGAGUUAUGACGGCGAGUUUCCACAAGUAUGGAGAAUUCUUCCCAGGGACAGGAGAGAUCCGGGAUAAUGGCAUAGGCAAGGGCAAGGGGUACGCUGUGAAUGUACCUCUGAGGGAUGGGAUAAAUGAUGAGAACUACAAGAACAUAUUCGAGCCCGUCAUUCGUCGGAUCAUUGAGUGGUAUCAGCCUGGCGCGAUUGUGCUUCAAUGCGGAUCAGAUUCCCUAUCGGGAGAUCGUAUAGGUUCUUUCAACCUGUCCAUGAGGGGUCACGCGGAAUGUGUCAAAUUCGUCAAAUCGUUCAAUCUACCAUUACUCUUACUUGGAGGAGGAGGCUACACAGUCAAAUCCGUAUCUAGGACAUGGGCGUAUGAGACAGGUUUGGCCGCAGGUGUGGAGCUAGGUGGAGCCAUACCGCAUAAUGAGUAUUACGAGUACUAUGGACCAGAUUACGAGCUGGACGUCAGACCGUCCAACAUGACAGAUCACAAUUCGCCAGAGUACCUGGACAAAUUGAGAGAGGUGGUAUUUGAGAUCUUGAGGGAUAAGAAUGCGGCGCCGAGUGUUCAGAUGCAGGAGAUACCAAAGCUCGCGCACGACGAUGAGGAUGAGAAUGAGGACGAAGACAAGGAGGAUAAGGACGACAGGAAACCGACGAGAUUAUGGGACAAGUCCAAAGUCGCCGACACAUCCCUGUCUGAUUCCGAGGACGAAGGGUCAGGUGGAAGAAGACAUAGACAGUCACAUAAGGAGCAGGGAUCUAAGCGGAAACUGUCGAACUCUACCCCAGUGGAUGGCAAGGAAGCCAAGAAGAGCAAUGAUCGAGAAGAGCCGGUCGCUGGGCAGACGACGUCAAGUGGUCCAGCAUCUGGAUCGGCGGCAACUGCUCCGGCGACGACUGCGCCGAGUACGAACGCGGAGAGUGGCACUGUCCCGGCGGCUCCGACAGGUCGAUCAGAUGCCAUGGACUUGGAUUCAUAGUCGCGACAGAUUCUUCCCGUCCACCCUGUUUGGCUCAGUAAUAUUCACCAUCAUUACCACAUUGCAUGUAUU